CAUAGCUACCACAAAAAAUCCACACCCUAAAAGAAAAUUACCUUACAAAAGCGGAAAAGGGAAAGAAAACAAGUCUGAUUGACCGUCUGUCUAAUUGUUUCUUUCCCACCAAAAUCAACCCCUCACUUUCCCCUGCUUUACUCUUCCCCUGCUUUUUUUGGACAAAGCCAUUACCAAUUGGUUCAGAUGCAGCGAAGAAGAAGGAGGAGAUUCAACAAACCCAAGAACCCAAAUUUCCAUCUCCCCAUAUUAUUUUAUUUCCUGCUCCCCGAAUUUAGUCAGGAAGCCCCCGAGUCUGUCUUCCCUCCGUUAAUCCCCAAUCUUGGGUCGGGUUCCCCACCCUGCCCCUCGAUUCGGGUUUAAUGGGCUGCGUCAACUCCAAGAGGGCCGUUUCCUCCGCCGCCGGCGGCGAAUCCCCUGUUCUGAAUUACCCUCCCGCCUCCACAAAUGUCCUCCAGGACCGCCUCUCCUACAUCGACCCCAGCUCCCGCGCAUCCUCCAGAAACCCUUCCGGCAUCCUCGUUCCUUCCGUCGUCGAGCAGAAACAGAGGAGCGGGAAGAUCAGGAAUAUCGGCGAUCUCCUUGAGGCAAAAGAGGAGGGGGAGGAUGGGGAAGGGGAGAAAGGGAAGAGGAGGGUUGAUCGGAAGAAGCAGCUGCAGAAAGUUGGGGAGAUUCAGGCUGAGAUCAAUUACCUGAUCGAUACUGCGGUUGAUAAUGUGGAGAAGAAGGCCAAGAGGAAGAAGUUGGAGCGGAGGUCGUCGAUUGGGGAAAUUGGGGAGAUUACCUUUAAAAGCGACGUACUUCAGCCGCAGCCGUCAAGACGGCUUGUUGGAGCAGAGCAGAUCGCCGCCGGUUGGCCCUCUUGGCUCAGCUCUGCCGCCGGUGAAGCCAUUAACGGUUGGGUCCCUCUUCAGGCCGAUGCUUUUGAGAAAUUAGAAAAGAUUGGGCAAGGGACGUACAGCAGCGUAUUCAAAGCAAGAGAAGUUGAGACAGGACGAAUGGUGGCCCUGAAGAAGGUCCGAUUCGACAACUACCAACCGGAGAGCAUUCGAUUCAUGGCCCGAGAAAUCCUGAUCCUCCGCCGGCUCGACCACCCGAACAUCAUCAAGCUCGAAGGAAUCAUCACCUCCCGCCUCUCCAGCUCCAUCUACCUCGUCUUCGAGUACAUGGAACACGACCUCGCCGGUCUGUCCUCUUCCCCUGAAAUCAACCUCACCGAGCCCCAAAUCAAGUGCUACAUGAAACAACUCCUCCGCGCGGUCGAGCACUGCCACCUUCGCGGCGUGAUGCACAGAGACAUCAAGAUGUCCAACAUCCUCGUCAACAACAACGGCAUCCUCAAGCUCGCCGAUUUCGGCCUGGCCAACGUCCUCGCCACUUCCGGCGGGAAGCAGCGGCUCACCAGCCGCGUUGUCACGCUCUGGUAUCGUCCGCCGGAGCUUCUGUUGGGGUCCACGAGCUACAACGUAUCGGUGGAUUUGUGGAGCGUGGGGUGUGUGUUCGCCGAGCUUUUGACUGGAAAGCCAUUGCUAAAGGGGAGGACGGAGGUGGAACAGCUGCAUAAGAUCUUCAAACUAUGUGGGUCGCCUCCGGACGAGUUCUGGAAGCAGUAUCAUCAUCUACCAAAUGCCACAAUGUUUAGACCGCAACAUCCAUAUGAGAGCUCUUUGAAGGAAAGGUGUAAGGAUUUCCCGCCUGCAGCAGUGGACUUGUUAGAGUGCUUGAUCUCUAUUGAUCCUGAGAAGCGUGGUUCUGCUUCCUCUGCACUUAUGUCUAGGUUCAUUAACUCGGAACCAUAUGCAUGUGAUCCAUCAACCUUGCCAAAAUACCCACCUAACAAGGAAAUGGAUGCCAAGUAUAGGGAGGACAGAAGAAGGAAGAAGAGUAGUUUGAAGCCACGAGAAUCAGUACUAAAGAGGCCAAAAGCAACUCAUCACAGGGGAGGCAGCCUCAGCAAGUUGAUCCUGAGAGAGGAAGUGAAGGAGAACAACAACCAGCCAUCCUUGACCAAGGUGAACGCGAAUCAUCCACACGCAGGCCAACGAAGAGGAGGAGGGAUCGGGCUGCGUAGAGAGCUGAGCAUGGAGUCAAACACAACCGUGGUACCAACUCGGUUGCAGAAAGGAGAACAACAACAACAACAACGACAACAUCAGCAUCAGGCUUACACCGGUCCAGCACCAGCCAUCUCUGCCUCGAGCGGGUUUGCUUGGACGACAAGAAAGCGAAGAGACGACCUCUUGUCAACCUUGUCUUACGACACCAACGGGAGCCAAGUUAGUGGACUAGAUGCCCCAUUCAAGUUCCCAAACUUGAAUGCAGAACGUAGAGCAAGGGAUGUCGACAGACAAUCACAACAAGAUUGUCACAACAAGGAGCAACACACGAUAUCUUCACAGCAGCAGCAGCAGAACCAAUUUGAUGCACCACCACCGGAUUCGCUCAAAGCGUUUCUGUCAUAUGUGAUUGCAGAAGACAUUCCUCUAAGCCACGCCACACAUGAUCCCGUGCAUCAAUCGGACACUAUACAGUUCUCGGGACCAUUGUUGUCUCAAUCAAACAAAGUUGCGCAGUCGAACCAGAUUGGGGAGCUGUUACGGAAGAACGAGAAUCAAAUACGCAGAGUAGCUCGAAGGUCAAGGUUGGAUAGAGAAAUGUGAUGCAAAGGAAAGGGACCCAGAUGGAAAUUUCAGAAACUUCAAUGACUUGGGACACCUGGAUGCCAAAAAGAAUGCUCAGCUUUUGCUUGGGGUUGAAGCAAGAGCUUGUUAGUCCCCAUUUGUAGGAGGAAGCUCCAUUUGUGUAUCUGGGCCUGGUUUGAUUAUCAACUCUGAAAUAUUGGUUUCCCGGGACAAAGGAAAAAAUGAAAUAGUAAAAGAAGGAAAUUUUGUAUAACUAUCAAGAAAAAAUAUGGAGCAUGAGAGGAAGCAUUGCCUUCCUUAUAAUCCUUUUAAGAUAAGGAUUCGUUCCUUAGUCAAACUUACCCAAGUAAUUGAUUUUGCUAUUUUUUUCUUCUUUUUCUGCCACACCAUUUUUCUCCAAUGGGAAGUGAGUAGUAGUGGUACAAGCUAGCAACAAGCUACUACUUCUGUGUAGUAGUAGAAGAGAGUUGAACUUUAGAGUGGGAAAACAAAGUAAGAAAAUAGUCGACUUUAGUUUUUGAAUUAAUAUAUGGUGCCAAUUAUC